AGUUGAAAGCGUUAUGUGCCAAAGAUCUUUGAUUUCGUUUAACCAGGGAUAAUUUGAGGCUUCAACCUAACAUUAUUAGAUUACUAUAAUUUUCAAUUCUGAAUGAUGAAUGACGUAUGUAUGCUUAGUUUAUCAUGUUUCUGGGCUUGCUCGUGGUCGUUUUCUGUAAUUCUUCAGGGAAUUGAAUUUAACAUAUACGUGGAUUCUCUUUCGAGCAUGUUCAAUUUAUGAAGCUGCGGGUUUUAUAUGAAUAGCUGCACUCGUUGUGUUUGUCUGUGAUAAAUUUUGGAUGUCACAAUUACGAAUAAUUGUUGUACCUUUGAUAUACUCCUCUGUUCAAUGCAGGGCGUGCGAACAUUUCAAAUUGUUCAAUGGGUUGCACAAGUACUCGUUUGGUGGACACGGGUUGGAUUUGGCGAUUGUUCAACUUAACUCUAAGGUCCCGUUCAGUUACAAUGCUGUUGGUAGAAUUAAAGCAACACUGAACUCUGGUGGAGGAGACCUACAAUCUUAUCCAAACAGCUCUAAUGUUCUGAAAAAUGAUGGUCUGGCUGGUGUUGGAACUGAGGUUCAACAUGAUGAAAUAGCAUUUGGAACACUAGGAGCAGACACUGCGGCACCGGCAAGGAGUGGUUUCUCUGAUGACAAUGAUGAAUUUGAUUUGGACAGUCCAACAGAAGGUUUUGCUUCCAUUCCAGAGGCCAUCGAAGACAUUCAGAAUGGAAAGAUGGUAGUGGUUGUAGAUGACGAGGACAGAGAAAAUGAAGGAGACUUGAUAAUGGCAGCGGAGUUGGCAACACCUGAGGCUAUGGCUUUUAUUGUGAAGCAUGGAACUGGGAUAGUUUGUGUAAGCAUGAAGGAGGAAGAUUUGGAGAGAUUGGAACUUCCUUUGAUGGUAAACAGUCGGGAUAAUGAUGAAAAGCUUCGCACUGCAUUCACUGUGACAGUGGAUGCUAAAUAUGGUACUACCACAGGGGUAUCAGCUCAUGAUAGAGCAACAACAGUCUUGGCCCUUGCAUCCAGAGAUUCAAAACCAAGUGAUUUCAACCGACCGGGCCAUAUUUUCCCCCUAAAGUACAGGGAAGGUGGUGUGUUGAAGAGAGCUGGACAUACUGAAGCUUCGGUUGAUCUUGCCAUACUUGCUGGUUUGAAUCCAGCAGCAGUUCUGUGUGAGAUUGUGGAUGAUGAUGGUUCCAUGGCUAGAUUACCUAAGCUUCGUCAGUUUGUGGAACGUGAAAAUUUGAAAAUUAUAUCCAUUGCUGAUUUAAUAAGGUACCGAAGGAAGAGAGAUAAACUAGUACAACGUGCUGGUGAUGCACAAAUACCUACAAUGUGGGGGCCAUUUGCAGCUAACUGCUAUAGGUCACUUCUAGAUGGGAUUGAGCAUAUUGCAAUGGUUAAGGGUGACAUUGGAGAUGGACACGAUGUUCUUGUGAGGGUACACUCAGAGUGUCUCACUGGAGACAUAUUUGGAUCUGCCAGAUGUGACUGUGGAAGUCAGCUUGCUCUUGCAAUGCAACAGAUUGAGGCUGCUGGUAGAGGUGUGUUGGUGUAUCUUCGGGGACAUGAAGGAAGGGGUAUUGGGUUGGGCCACAAACUUCGUGCCUAUAACCUACAGGAUGAUGGGCGAGAUACUGUAGAAGCCAAUGAGGAGUUGGGAUUGCCCGUUGACUCGAGGGAGUAUGGAAUUGGUGCACAGAUAUUGAGGGACUUGGGUGUUCGUUCUAUGAAACUAAUGACAAACAAUCCGGCAAAAUAUGUUGGGCUCAAAGGUUAUGGUUUGACAAUUUCCGGUAGGAUCCCAUUGAUAUCACUUAUAACAAAAGAGAACAGGAAAUACUUGGAGACCAAACGUGUGAAAAUGGGCCACAUGUAUGGCUUGGAAUUUAACAGCAAAUUGAACUAUCAAGACAGUGGCAAUGGUAAAGCCAGUAGUGAUGAUGAUUCUAAUACUGCACCUGGCUUAUAAACCUGCUUUUUCAAUUCUAUAUCACAGCAGAUGAGGAAGGGCGGUGCAGAUUUCCAUCCUGCAGAUGGAUCUAAAGAGAGAAUCAAUGAUUCGACUCGUGAUCCAAUUUUGCUAAUUCAUUUGCCUGAUUUUUCUUCAGGCAGACUCUAUAAAUUUGGCUUCCUCCAGCAUUCUUCGCUUUGAAACUUUAUCUAGUGCCAUGUAAUGUAUAAAGGAUAAUAGAUGAGAGUAUUGCCUAGGGAAAUUUGAGGUUGACUUGUUUUCUUUUGCGUUCAUUAUUUAAAGGUGCUUUUGUAUAGUUUUAUUAUACAGGGUACUGGGUACUGUUGUAGAGGUUGGUUGUAUGAAGGUACCAUUUUUUGUUAU